AUGAAUUUUGACCAACUAAUAAAUUCCUGUUGGGUAAGUCUUUUAUUUAUAAUCAUUAUAAAAUUCACAUCAGAGAUCCUGGAUUCAUUAAAAUUUAUUAUAUUAAGGAUGGAUAAGAAUUAUUUUUAGAUUAUUUAGAAUCUUGUCUUUUUAAUACGCAUAUUGAAUAGCCAAAUUAGCUAAUUAAACCAUCUUCAUUGCAUCCAUAAAUUUUUAAAUAAAAUCUUAAAUAUCUAGGUUUAUUAAUUAUGCUUUUGGAAGAUUAUGCAUUUUGAAUAAACAAAAGACGGAAAAAACUUUUAUAAAUUUUAUAACAGUAUUUUGAAGGAAAAUCCUCAAUAUCUAUGA